AUAACUAUUAUCGGUACGAAAGGUAACAGGUUGUUACAAAAGCGAAGUUGUUCUUCUGUGUAGAAGUAGUUUUAUUUUUGAGGUGCUGGAGUUUUAUUAUAUUUUACGUAAUACAAGGUGUUCUAAAAGUUCAUUGUUCAUCAAAGUUCGCUUUUGUACCACAGAGGACCAAACACUGAGAAAGAAUACGGAUUCUUCUAACUUAACAGCAGGAUGAGUGCUGCCUCGUCGGACCAGAAGUCUCAGCUGGACUAUGGGGUCCAAAUCCGCUUCAUCAAUGACCUCCACAACACCGGAGGGGGCGCUCCUGUCAGGUCUCGGGGGAGCAGCAGCAAAGGCACCUCCAGCACCACCUCCUCCAAGUAUGGUGUGGCGGUCAGGGUGCAGGGGAUCGCGGGACAGCCCUAUGUGGUCCUUAAGGGAGGCGAGAAGGGGGACUCCUUUGGGGUGCAACUGAGAAGCCAGCCCCGAGACUACAACUUCCCCCCAGCUUAUAAUAGUCUACCCCGGACUAACGAGGAUGGAGAGGCCCCCGGACCAUACCACGUGUCCGCUGAGGGGAACAACCUCCGCCGUGCACGUUCCCAUGGGUCAUUGUUGGAAAGGGAACCCACAGAGGACUAUGAGGAACCCCUAAGGAGACCCCCAGGGGAUGGGCACUCGGGAAGUUAUGGAAAUUUGGAUGGGGCUGUUGGUGUAAGAGGUGACAGAAGGGAAUCCAACCCCAUGCUCUCAAAUAGAAUGGUCCGGGCCAACUGGACUGGAUCAUGCCAGGCAGGUCUCAAUGGGUCUUUAGAUGGAGAAGAAGGAAGACCGGUGACCCAGUACAGGUCCAGGGAGGCUUUCCCAGUGCCAUCUACAGGUAGUGCUUGGGAGCAGCCCAGUAAUGUCGUGGACACAAACUCCUUGGCGCCCAUUAACCGACUUAUCAACCAGUUUGACGGCAGCAGUUUCGGCAAUCAAGCCAGGGGGCGCCCCCGAGCUCUGGAGCGGCUGAGUUCCGAGGAACGCAGGCGUGUACGCAGUCUGGACGCCUACGAGAACGUGUCAGAAAGAUCAGUGUCGCCCUCCGUCUCGGCGUCCCCCCCAGACCACCACAGCUCCCCGCUGUCGUCCAGCACCUCCCCCUACAGUAGCCCGGGGCGGAGUGCUGCAUCUGUGGCCAAGGUGACAGCCCUGCCGGCUUCGAGGCCAAACUACAACCAAUCUGUUGGGAUGCCUGUUGCCAGGGAGACCGCUCCACUCACUCAGACAGACACACAGGCAACUCCUGACCUGCUGAAGGACAAGGACCAGAGCUUGGAGCCACUGGGGGAAGCAGACAAGGCGAAGCAGAUGAUCUACACCAUUCUGAGAGAUGGGAACAAUGAAAGUGUUUCAGCCACCAAACGCAAAGUCGACCUAGUCUUUGACAAGAUUCAGGGAUUGAGGUCCAGUGGAGCCGCUAGUGAAAUUCCCAGCGAGGCUUGGAGGAAGGAGAAGAGGGAUCUGGAGAGGAAGCUGGCAGACCUGCAGUCUGCCCUCCAAGAGGAGCGCAGGAACACGCAGAAAGCCAGCACAGAUCGCAACCUGAAGGCGGAGCUUGAGGACUGUCUGGAUGACAACCUGCAGCUGAAGGAACACCUGGACAGGAAGAAGACGGAGCUGGACCAGGCCCAGACUGACCUCACACAGCUGAGGAUUGAAAGGGAGUCUGCUGAGUCACGGGUUCGAGACCUGGAGGACCAGAUGGCUGGCUUUCAGGAGGAGCUGAGGAGGGAGUCAGAUGGCAGAGAGCAGCUGGACCUUCUGCACACGGAGCUGAUGUCGGUGAGAGCGGAGCUGGCAGAGGCGGUCAUGGUGCGGCAGCGCCAGGAGGAGGCGCUGCGGCAGCGUGAGCGAGAGCUCACUGCCCUGAAGGGAGUGCUGAAGGACGAGGUGUCUUCUCACGACAGCCAGAUUGAGGCUCUGAGGGAGCAAUACCAGCAAGACAUGGAGAAGCUGAGGAGCAGCAUGGAGCAGGUUUCAGUGUCCCAGCUCGGCAUUGAGGCGGAGCGCCAGCGCGUCAACUCCACCAUGCGUGCACUUCAGCAGCAGCUGGAGGACUGCAGUGAGGAGAGCAGCCACUGGAGGGGGCAGUUCCAGUCCACCCGAGAUGAGCUGCGGAGCAACAAGCAGGAGUUGCUACAGGCUCGUUUGGAGAAGGAGGAAUUAGAGGAGGAGACUACGGAGCUACAGGACAGGCUGACUUCAAUGAAGGAACAAAUGCCUGAUCCCAGCCACAUCAACACCCUCACACAGGACCUGGAAAAAUGUCGGGCUGAACUGAAGCAGGCCAGAGUUGACCUGGAGAAGCAAAAGCUGGAGUGUGACAAAAAAAGGAUGGAGUUACUUUCACUAAAGAAAACAAAUCAGGAGCAAGAAGCAGACCAGAAAUACGAGAUUGACAGACUGAAGGACCAAUCACGGAAAGACAAAGAGGAUCUUGCCAAAGCACUGGAUAAAGUAAAGCAGAGGCCGGACCCUUCCGUGGUGGAGGAGCUCCAGAAGGAGCUGCAGGAGUGGCAGUCCAGGGCAGAGAGGCUGCAGGAGAAGGUGGCCGAGGCAGAGCAGCAGCUGCAGGGGCAGUGGCAGCGACUGGCCGCUGCACAGACAGAGCUGCAGACGCUCCGAGACGCUGAGCAGGAGCUGCAGGAGGCCAAUGACCGACUCAAGGAGAAGCACGGCCGCCUGGAGGUACAAUUGCAAACAAGCGCAUCCCAAAGCUCUGAGACUGAGCAGGUUUUGGAGGAGCAGAUUCGGAGUUUGCGAAUGCAGCUGGAGGAUUCCCGGCGUAUGGGGACUCGGCUGAGCCAGGAGAAGGAGGAGCUGAGCCAAUAUCAGCGGGAGCGGGAGCGACAGAGGGAGGCACAGCGCAAGGAGGCUACGGAGUUGGAGGAGCAGAAGAGAGCACUGGAGCGCGCACUGGACAAAAUUAACAAGGAGAUGGAGCAGCUGAGCUUGGAAUCACAGCAGCAGGUGCGGUUACUGGAAGGCCAACUGGAAGAAUAUAAGGAGCGCUGCAGAAAGGAGGUGCAGGACACCCAGAGGCAGGGCAGGGAGCGGCAGGCGGAGCUGGAGAAGGCGCAGGGUAACCUGAGAUCCCUGCAGGAGGAGGUGUCCCGUCUGAAGAAGGAGCUGUCACUCUCCACGGAGGAGAGGGAGACCCUCCAGCUGGACAAGGAGCUGCUCGGCAGUCGUCUCAAAAACAUGGAGGCGGAGAUGGAGUCUCAGCGUGGCUCUCAGACGGACCGGAGCAGGGAAGUGCGGAGCUUGGAGGAUAAGGUGAAACACCUCCAGAUGGAGGUAGAUGAGGAGAGACACACCGUGGAGCUGCUCACGGAUCGUGUUUCACGCAGCCGUGACCAGAAUGAGCAGCUGCGUGCUGAGCUUAUGCAGGAGAGGUCAUCCAAACAGGAUUUGGAGCUGGACAAGAACUCCCUGGAACGACAGAUUAAGGAUCUGAAAUCCCGCCUAACAGACAUGGAGGGACAGUCCCGCUCUUCAGCUGGAUACUCCCAACUGGAAAGCAAGGUUCAGGAGCUGGAGGACCGGCUGCACAGUGAGGAGAGAGAGAAGAACACCCUGCUGGCCUCACAGCGUCGUCUGGAGAGGAAGCUGAAGGAGCUCAGUAUCGCUCUGGAUGAGGAGAGGCAGCAGCACACUGACCAGAGAGACCAGCUGACCCUGCGCAUGAAGGCUCUGAAGAGGCAGGUAGAUGAGGGCGAGGAGGAGGUGGAGCGACUGGAGGGGCUGCGCAAAAAGGCAGCCAGGGACCUGGAGGAGCAGCUGGAGAUGAAGGAAGCGCUGCAGAGCCGGGUCACGGCGCUGGAGUCCGAACUCAAGCGGAAAGCACAGCAGUCACACCGGGCAGCACUGGACCACAGCACCCUAAGCUCUGAUGAUGAUGACGACGAUGAUGGACUCUAUGAUCAUUCCAGCAUAACCUCCAUAUUAACUGAGAGCAACCUGCAGACCAGCUCUUGCUAGAGGAAAGGAGGGAACACAUAUAUUGGACAAAGCAUGUAACAAUCACAAUGGUCAUUACACAGUCACAGUGGUGACACUGGACAUAUGACAUUACACUAGACACUGCAUCUUCAGACAAAAUAGUGAACCUGGUAAGACAUGAACAGGGAGGAUUAGUUGCUAGUGGAAAAAACACAAACCUAGUAAACACUAUAAUAAACUGACAUUGUACUUGGUAAAGGAAUCGAGGUAAAUAGAAAUAUAAUCUACCGAAUGGGUAGGAGAAGGCAAGAUAUUUUAGGUUAAAUACAGGACACUAACAAUAGGGGGAGCUGUUCCCUCUUCACAUACUUUAAUCGAAGGUGGAGUUGGCGUUUAAGUGGGAAAUAUGAGUUUACUGUUUACUGUACAGAAGAUGGUUUGGCUUGGACUCCUCUCAUAGAUCGUUCUCCACUAGUACUGCCGUGCUAACCCUCCAAAGCAGAUGACCCUGGAGAUCCUUAGAUUUAAGGUGCUCCACAAAGUGAGCCCUCAGACAUCUUCGUGUCCUGCUGCCCGACUCUGUCUUGUGUGGGAACCCAGCUGCACCUAUUGUCUGUACAGAAAUAGUCUCCAUUGGUCUCACAUUGGUACGCUGUACAAAUCUGACCGUGGUUUUGAUAUGGUUACUUUUUGCAAGCAAUUUUUUUCCAUGUUUUUGCACAGACGGUACGAUAUAUUGUACUUUAAGUUCGGUACGAGUGAGUAUUGAGUGACAUAAUGUAUUCAGAAUUUGCCAAAUGAACACAAACGCAGUCUAAGUACAGACCUUUACAUGGUUUACUUCUGUUGAACCCUGCAACCCUGUUUAACCAAAUUUGAGUCAACCUGCACUUAGCACUGGAUUCCCACUAUAUUACUUGUACUGGCAACAUAUUUUACCGAAUAUACAUUUGGGUAUUUUUCCCCAUUUCAUUAUCUCUGUUUUCUUUAUUUUAAAAUCAAGCACCUUUAUGAAUUUUGUGUAAUCUCAGUUGACUCUUCAUUAGCAGUCAAGUCUUAACAAUAUUGUUCAUAAUGCAGCCAUACUUUUUCAAUGUUUUGAAAUUAUUAAAAUUAUACAUGAUUAUUGUAACUAUUUAUUAGCAUGCUGAAAACUGAACAGCAGUUUAGAUAUUUAAUGAGAAGUCACUACACUACAAUCAGUAUAAUCCAUUUCUGCAAUGAUUUUAUAAUGGUUGAUUUUACUUGAAAGUUUGUUUACUGAUAAAUGUUUUUUAUCUUUUAGUUCAGUGGUUGUCAACUGGUCGAUCGUCAAGAGAUUUAGAUAUUUUUAGCUGAUCGCAUAAUCCCCCCCUCCAACUAUCUGUGAAAAUGUACUGAAUGGAUACCAUUGCGAUUUGGCAGCUUGCCAGAGUGUUUUCUUUAUAAUAAUGUCUCUCACUGUAAAAAGGUUGGAGACCGUUGUGUUACUUUUUUAAUGUGGUGUAACCGUCUUCUGGAAUUGGCCCAAAAUUAUUAUGCAAAUCAUUUUAAACUGUGAAAUUGUUUACAGCAUUUAUCUUACCUUUUCAGUUAUUAUUUUUUUGAAAAUAAAAUAAAAUGCUAUAAAUGAGGAA